UUCACACAAUUGAUUUGGUGGUAGAAUGUUAUUUGUUUUCGCCCCACAUUCGCUAGUCGGGCAGUAAAAGAUUCUCAUCGGAAUCCCGCACUUGACCGGGCAAACGAUCCGCCAUGGAAAAGACAAUGGAUAAAAUAGAUGGUGAUGGAUGUUCAGACGAGUCACCUCAAACUUCCGUCACUGUCAUUCGUUUAAAACCGAAACACGAUGGUGGAGACGGUUCGCCACCGCAACCCUGGUGGAAGAAGCGGAAGGAGCGCAUCCUUCGCAAGAAAACGCUCUACUCACGCUUCCCUAUCUUGAAAUGGCUGCCUCUCUACUCUGUCCAGGAUUUCGUGGCCGAUCUAGUGGCCGGCAUCACCAUCGGAGUGACGGUCAUCCCGCAAGGAUUGGCUUACGCAACCGUGGCUGGCCUCCCACCUCAGUAUGGAUUGUAUGCUGCUUAUAUGGGAUGCCUCGCUUACGCAUUGCUAGGCAGCACGCACGCAAUUACUAUCGGCCCCACGGCUCUUAUGGCUCUCGUGACAUACGAUUCCGGAGCCACGCAAAUGGGUCCCGAGGCUGCAAUCCUCUUAGCUUUCAUAACGGGCUGUAUUAUUCUUCUUUUUGGAUUACUUAAUUUCGGCUUCUUAAUUGAUUUUAUCGCCGCUCCGGUCGUAGCUGGUUUUACUAGUGCAGCGGCUUUUACCAUUGCAACGACGCAGAUCGAGUCUCUUCUCGGACUAAAAUUUGACGACGAGGGUUUCCUACACACCUGGAUUGCUGUAUUUGAACACAUAGAAGAAACCAAAAAAUGGGACGCCGUUCUCGGCUUCUCUUCCAUCGCGGUUUUGCUUCUCCUUCGGAUAUUCGAUCAAAUUAAAUUGGGCAAAGAAGGAGAGAUGAGUCGUUGGCAAAGGUGGUUCAAUUCCGGCUUUUGGUUGAUUUCGGUCUCUCGCAAUGCCAUCGUUAUUAUCGUUGGGUCGUUAAUAGCUUACGCAUUAACAGAGCCUGAAAAUGCCAGCUACCCAUUCACUCUUACCGGUAACAUUCCGGGAGGAUUUCCGCCGUUCAAAUUACCCGCCUUCUCCUUCCAGAACGGCGAUGAAUCCUACACGUUUGUGGAGAUAUGCAAAAAUCUGGGCUCUUCCCUCUACGUUGCUCCGCUUGUUGCUGUUCUUGAAUCCAUCGCCAUCGCUAAAGCAUUUUCUAAAGGGAAACGAGUGGAUGCCAGUCAGGAAAUGAUUGCGAUUGGCACGAGUAACAUUUUGGGCUCUUUCGCAUCGUCUUUUCCCGUCACCGGUUCUUUUUCACGGACAUCCGUCAAUGCCGCAAGUGGCGUGAGGACACCUUUCGGCGGAUUAUACACCGCUGCUCUCGUCAUUUUGGCCAUCACUGUUUUAACACCAUACUUUUUCUUCAUUCCGAAAAGUUGCUUAGCAGCCGUUAUAAUCUGUGCUGUCAUUUUUAUGGUAGAAGUCCACAUGGUAAAAAUGGUUUGGAGAUCAAAAAGGAUUGAUUUGAUUCCAUUUGGAAUUACGUUCGUCUUUUGUCUUUUCGUAGGGCUUGAACAAGGCAUUUUAAUCGGCACGGCCGUUAAUUUAGGAAUGUUACUGUACAGCACUGCUCGACCGCGUAUUCGAAUCCACAAAAUUCAGACUCCGAGGGUAGAAUAUCUUCUGAUCACACCCGAUCGAAGUUUAGUCUUUACCGCUAUGGAAUAUUUCAUGUCCAGCGUUCGGAAGGCCUCGGCUCUUUAUCCCGGUAUCAUCGUUGUCAUGGAUAUGAGCCACGUCUCUUCAGCAGAUUUCACAACUGCUUACGGAUUCGAGAAUAUGAUCAAAAAUCUUCAUAAACACCACCACAAGCUCGUCCUGACUAAAACGAAGCCGGACGUGUUAAGCAUUUUGUCACGGAUGGGUUGUGAUUUACACGUUCACGUUGACGGCACCGACCUGGAACUUUUAUUGAGAGAUGUCGCAAUGUCGACCUCAACGCCUGUGAGGUUAUCCGUCGCAUCGUCUUCAUCUUCAUCGUCUUCUUCGAGCGGCGGACAGAGUUCUCAGGUUGAAGAGACAUCGGUCAAUGUUUCAAUUGAUCCAGAUUUGGAAUAGUAAAACUACGUGCAAAGCGGGAUUGUUUUAUAGUCUUUCGUCGAUGCGUCCUACGUUUUGGAGCCCAGUGGUAAUUAUGGAACAGUAAUUAGAUAAUAUGAAUUCACGGGAAUUUGUUCCCGAAAUUUGAUUUUCUCCUAUGGAUAACAAACUGACUUGUACUGUGUA